AUGGCCACUUUCACCCCCACCGUCCUCUGGGCCCAGCGCAACAACCUCAUCUACCUGACGGUUGAUGUGCCCGAUAUCGACACCAACACCGACGACAUCAUCAUCACCGAGGACAAGAUCGACUUCCGCGUGACCGGCUCCGGCGGCAAGGUCUACGCCUUCACCAUCGAGUUCUUCGCUCAGGUCAACCCUGAUGAGUGCACCCGCGAGAUCACCGGCCGCCAUGCCUUCUUCACCAUCAGCAAGAAGGCCGACGGCUUCUGGGAUCGCCUGAACAAGGGCAGCGCCAAGCUCCCCUUCGUCAAGACCGACUUCGCCCGCUGGGUCGACGAGGACGAGUCCGACGACGAGCCCGACUUCCCCGGCGCCGGCGGCAUGGGCGGCUUCGGUGGCGCCGGCGGCUUCGGCGGCAUGGGCGGCGCCGGUGGCGGCAUGGGCGACGUCGACAUGGCGGCCCUCCUGAGCCAGCUGCAGCAGGGCGGUGGCGGCAUGGGCGGCUUCCCCGGCAUGGGCGACGAGUAA